AUGCCACCAAGGAAACCUGCAUCUUCCCAAAACAAUCAAGCUAAUGAUGAUAUACCUCCUCCACUUGAGGCUUUGCCCCCUAUGAGAACUGAAGGGCUUUAUAGAUAUUUAGGGACUUUGGCUAGCUUGGUUGAGCGUCAAGCUAGAGCUAUUGGAAGUAAUAGUCAAGGACAAUCCUCAUCUACUAGGGGUAGCUCCUUUGACGACUUUAAGAAGUUGGGUCCCCCUUACUUUUCUGGUACUUCAGAUCCAACAGAGGUAGAGGCUUGGAUCAUGAAAAUAGAGAAACUCUUUGAUGUCAUUAAUUGUUCCGAGGAGCAAAAAACCUCUUAUGCAGCAUUUAUGUUAGACAAAGAGGCAGACCAUUGGUGGCACAUGACUAAGAGGCUUUUGGAGGAUCAAAGGCCUAUUGUGGGAGAGUUUGUCCGUCUGGAACAGGGAAAUUUGACUGUGGCCCAAUACAAGGCUAAGUUUACCGAACUAUCACAUUUUGCCCCACAGUUGAUUACUACAGAGGAUGAAAAAACAUUAAAGUUUCAGGAUGGACUGAAGCCUUAUCUGAAGAAUAAGAUAUCAAUUAUGAAGCUUAGUGUUUAUUCAAAGGUGGUAGACAGAGCCCUUAUUGCAGAGAAGGAUAAUGAAGAGCUUCACCAGUAUAGGGAACAACAAAGGAAGAGGAAUAGAAAUGAUGGUGCUCAUGGUAACCAAGCACAGAAAAAAUCUGCUCCAAAUAGAAAUCAGAAUAAAGGAAAAACAGCACAAAAUUUAGAUGGGAUUUGUCCUACUUGUGGCAAGAAGCAUGGGGGUAGGCCAUACUAUAGAGAGACAGAAGCUUGUUUUGGUUGUGGAAAAUAG